AUGACAUCAGAAAUACUACAAAGGAUAAAACAGCAUAAAGCAUACAUAUGGCUGAAAAAAGUAUUUGAUUUUCUACUAGGUCAGUGGUUCUUUAUACUUCUAGGCGUAUUUGUUGCCCUCGCCCACUCAUAUCCUGAAUUUGCCAAGGAAGGUGGUACUGUGAAAGGAGAGUAUUCCAUCGGGUAUGGAGCAGUUGCUGUUAUUUUCCUCAUUAGUGGAUUAUCCAUGUCAACAAAACAACUUAUUGUUAAUGCUAUGAAUUGGCGAGCUCAUUUCACCGUGUUAUCGAUGUCUUUUUUAAUAACUAGUGCCAUUAUUUAUGGAUUAGUUUGCGCCAUCAAAGCAUCACAUGACGGACAAAUUGAUGAUUGGCUACUUGUUGGGUUAAUUGUUACUCAUGCGUGUCCAACUACUGUUUCAUCGAAUGUUGUCAUGACAAAACAAGCUGAUGGCAAUGAUAUUCUAACUUUGUGUGAAGUGUUUAUUGGUAAUAUCUUGGGAGCCUUCAUAACUCCAGCAUUGAUUCAAAUGUACUUGACAGGUUCGUGGGAUUUUGGUAAUCCAAGUCAUCAAACUGAAGGAACCAGCUCAGUAGGGGACCUUUACAGAAAUACAAUGAAACAAUUGGGAUUGAGUGUAUUUGUCCCCUUGUUUGUGGGACAAGUUGUACAAAAUGUGUUCCCCAAGCAAACAAAAUGGGCAUUGACCACUUUUAAAUUGAGUAAAGUUGGAUCAUUUAUGUUGUUGUUGAUUAUGUUUCAUUCAUUUUCCACUGCGUUUGCACAACAUGCCUUCACUAGUGUCUCCCAUGCAUCAAUUAUAUUUUUGGUGUUUUUCAAUAUUGGCAUAUACUUGUUUUUUACCGUUAUUGCAUUUGUUUAUUCACGACCUUUUUUCGUGAAACGUUGGUUAUGGGAGUUUCCCAAUGAAAAUUCAUCAAGAGCUUAUCGUUGGACAUAUAAAGUGUUUAAUCCAUUUUACUACAAUAAAAGGGAUACUGUGGCAGUAAUGUUGUGUGGUCCGGCAAAGACUGCCGCAUUGGGCGUUUCAUUAGUAUCGUCACAAUAUGGAGCUCAUAACCCCAAAUUGGGAAUCUUGUUGGUACCAUUGGUCUUGUAUCAAGCAGAACAAGUUAUGACGGCGAAUUUUCUCGUGACAUUGAUGAAGAAAUGGAUUCAUUAUGAUGAUGAUAAAAAGAAAGCGUCUGAUAAAGAGAGUGAAUUGAGUCAUCGAGAUACCGAUGAAGAAGAUAGGGAAGAAGUUGAACAAGAACGUAGAUUAGAGCAAGAAGAUGAUGAAAGGGAGGGACUUGAACAUGCUAUUAGUCGACACAAUGACGAAGACACGGUUUCUUAUUCUACCGAUUCGAAUGUAAAGAGGUAA